AUGAAGGUUUCCAGUGCUAUCGUCCUCGCGGGCGCUGCGCAAGCAUUCGCUGCUGUGCGACCCCGGCCUAUGGUCUCAUCUGGACCAAUCCAGGCUGAGAUCAAGACUGAGAAGUUGAUGGGUAACCUCAAAGCUUUUGACUCUAUCGCAAAAGCAAAUGGCGGCAACCGUGCUUUCGGUCUUCCGGGCUACGCUGCAUCUGUUGACUACAUGCUCGCCAAAACCCAGAACACACACUUCAAGACAUGGACUCAGGAUUUCCCGGCUCUUUUCAACAAGAUUGAGUCAAUUGAAUUCAGUGUGAGCAACAGCUCUUACCGUGUCAUUGGAUUGUCCUACUCGCCAUCGACCACCCCGGAAGGAUUGACGCUUCCGCUUGUUCUGGGUGCUUCUGGACCUGAAGGUUGCACAAACGAAGCCUAUGACAACCUUGAUGUUGAGGGCAAGAUCGUUUUGGUGCAAAGAGGGGCCUGCCCUGAUGGUACUACCCUCGCUGGGCGCAUGAAGCCUGCCGCUGCCGCUGGUGCCUCUGCAGUAAUCAUCUACGCAAGCGACACCGCGAAUGUUACCGGUGGCACGUUGUCCAACCCUAACCCCGAAUACGUGUCAACCGGCUACAUCAACCUCGCCGACGCUGAACCCCUCGUCGCACGCCUCCAGGCCGGCGAAUCUGUCGAAGCGUACUUCCAGCAAACCCAAACCGUGGAAACACGCAUGACACAGAACGUCUUCACCGAGACCAAAGACGGUGACCCAACUAACGUCAUUAUGCUCGGUGCGCAUCUUGACAGUGUACAAGCCGGCGCUGGUAUCAACGACGACGGCUCAGGCAGCACACUCAUCCUCGAGAUUGCUAAGGCGCUCAGGAGAUUCAACGUCAAAAACAAGGUCCGAUUCGCAUGGUGGGGCGCGGAGGAGAACGGCCUUCUUGGAUCCAAGUACUACACGCAGAACUUGAACGCCACAGAAGCCAACAACAUCCUCACUUACCUCAACUUCGACAUGGUUUCCCGCGGCUACUUUGGUGUCUUCGAUGGCGAUGGCAGCACUUUCAACCUCACGGGUGCGCCGGGAUCGGCAGCCAUUGAGAAGCUCUUCGUCGAGCAUUUCCAGAAGGAGGGUGUAAACGUGACAGCCGCACGCUUCACCGGUGGAAGUGACUACCAAUCUUUCAUGAACAUUGGGAAGCCUGUUGGAGGCCUCCACACUGGAACUGGUGUCGAGCAAGAUCCUUGCUACCACCAAGCUUGCGACACCAUUGACAACCCCAACCCGGAGACACUAUUCAUAAACGCCAAGGCUGCUGCACACGUACUUUCCAUCCUUGCUACCAGGGGUGAGCAGAUCAUCCCCAAGAGCCCAGUAAACGCUAGCAUGAUCACUGAGCGUGGUAUCAUCGGUGUUGAGCCGAGAUGGACGCUGCCUGCGGAAGGAGAAAUGCACCUUGCUACUUGCGGACAUGAGGUCUAA